AUGUCAUACAAACACUUUAUCAACGACCCAACCCACCUCGUCAACACAGCCCUACAGUCCAUUACCCUCACCAACCCCUCUGUCGCCCUCGACGCCACCAACAAGGUCAUCUACAGGCGCCCUUCCCCCAGCAGCAGCAAUGAUGGAAAACCCACAGUGAGCAUCGUCUCGGGCGGUGGCUCCGGCCACGAGCCCUCCUUCGCUGGCAUGGUGGGCCAGGGUCUUCUCUCGGCCGCCGUCGCAGGCACCAUCUUCGCCUCCCCCUCGGCCGAGCAGAUCCGCGCCGCCAUCACGAGCCGCGUCGACCACGAGGCCGGCGUGCUGGUCACCGUCAUGAACUACACGGGCGACGUGCUCAACUUUGGCGUCGCCGUCGAGAAGGCCCGCGCCGCCGGCGCCAGGGUCGAGAUGGUCGUCGUGGGCGACGAUGUCGGCGUUGGCCGCGCCAAGGCCGGCAAGGUGGGCCGCCGGGGCAUCGCCGGCACCGUGCUGGUCCACAAGAUCAGCGGUGCGCUCGCCGCCCAGGGGUACGGCCUGGACGACGUCGCGAGGGUCGCCAGGCUGGUCGCCGCCAACCUUGUCAGCGUCGGCGCCAGCCUCGAGCACGUCCACGUGCCUGGGCGGGUGGUGUCCAAGAAGGACGAGCAGGGCGCGCUGGCGGACGACGAGGUGGAGCUGGGCAUGGGCAUCCACAACGAGGCCGGCUCGGGCAGGGAGCGGGCAGAGCUGCCGGGCCUGGUGGGCAAGAUGCUGCGGCAGCUGCUGGACCAGGAGGACAAAGACAGGGCCUUCCUCAACGUGAACUCGAACGAGGUCGUGCUGCUCAUCAACAACCUCGGCGGCCUGAGCGUCCUCGAGCUCGGCGGCAUCCUGACCGAGGUGGUCCAGCAGCUCGACAAGGACUACGGCGUCAAGCCUGUCCGUAUCCUCUGCGGCACCUACAUGACCAGCUUGAACGGGGCCGGGUUCAGCAUCUCCCUGCUCAACGUCGUCAACACCGACAUUGGUGGGCCCAGCAUGAUACAGCUGCUGGACUACCCGUGCGAGGCCACCGGCUGGGCCGCUCCCAUCUCCAAGGAGACAUGGGAGGAGAAGAACACUGCCACCCGUGAAGGCACCGCAUCCGCCGAACAAAAGGUAGACGCUAGUGGGCUGGAGUACGAUGCCGCCGCAGCCACGAAGGCGCUCAAGGUUGGCCUUGAGCAUGUCGUCGCCGCGGAGCCCGAUGUCACACGGUUUGAUUCCGUCGUGGGAGAUGGGGACUGUGGUAUUGGGCUCAAGAGAGGCGCACAAGCCGUUCUCGACCACCUCGCCAAGGAGCACCUUAAAGGUGAUGCGGUCAUUGAUGUCGCUAGCAUCGCGACCAUAAUUGAGAUGGCAAUGGAUGGCACAUCCGGUGCCCUCUACGCCAUCUUCCUCAACGCACUCGUCCACGCCCUCAGCACCCUCGCACCCGGCCAGGCCACCAACAAGACCUGGGCUGCGGCGCUCAAGAAGAGCUGUGACGCCCUGUCCAAAUAUACGCCCGCCAGACCUGGCGACCGCACACUCGUCGACGCGCUGUAUCCGUUCGUCGACAUCCUGGGCGAGACGGGCGAUGUGAAGCAGGCGGCUGAGGCAUCCAAGGCUGCUGCCGAGGGCACCAAGGGCAUGGCGGCCAGUCUGGGCCGGACGGUGUAUGUCGGUGGGGAGGGGUUCCAGCAGGUGCCUGAUCCGGGUGCGUGGGGUCUGGCAUGUUUCUUCCUGGGUGUCGCAGGCUUGGAGUCGCCUAAGCCGUCCGAGGAGGGCUGGGAGACUGUCUGAUUCAGUUGAAGAAUGAUCGAUAGAGACACGAAGGAUAAGGAAUGCCUGUGAAUUUAUAUCAGUGUAAUAUGG